AAGAAGAAGAAGAAGAAUAUGGCUGACAGUAGCAAACCGGCAACUGAAGUUGAACAUGAGUCUUCUGCUGAUAAAGCUGACCUCAGAAGUGUACUAGUUACCAGUGUUCUGAAUUUAGACAGACUUGACACGGAUCUAUACAGAGGGACACAUCACUGGAUUCCUCGUACUAAACGUCUUUUCGGGGGUCAGAUUAUUGGUCAGGCUCUGGUAGCUGCAGCCAAAUCUGUCAGUGAAAAUGUCUAUGCCCAUUCAUUGCACUGUUACUUUGUAAGGGCAGGAGACCCAUCGGUGCCUGUGCUGUACCAGGUGGAAAGGACACGGGAUGGUCGAAGUUUCUGUGUCCGAUCUGUGAAAGCCAUUCAACAUGGUCAGCCCAUACUGAUCUGUCAGGCAUCAUUUCACAUGCGGCAGCCCAGUCCCCUUGAACAUCAGUUCAUCAUGCCUACUGUUCCUCCACCAGAUGCACUGCUUACUAUAGAGGAACUUAUUCAGCGAUACCUUAGUGACCCAAAUUUGGCAGACACUGCACGGCAAGGACUAAAUAAAAUACUAGCUGACGAAGUUCCUAUUGAGAUCAAACCAAUAAAUCCACCUGAUUUUUAUAGACGUACUGCUAUGGAACCAAAGAAACUGUUCUGGGUACGAGCGAGAGGGCAUAUAGGAAAUGGUGACAUGAAACUGCACUGUUGUGUUGCAGCAUAUGUUUCAGAUUAUUUUCUGCUGGGUACAGCAUUGCUACCUUACCCAAACUACAGGGCCCAGUUUUCAGCUUCUCUGGACCACGCUAUGUGGUUUCAUAGCACAUUCAGAGCAGAUGAGUGGAUGCUAUAUGAAUGUGAGAGCCCUUGGGCAGGAGGUAGCAGAGGUUUCAUUCAGGGGCGGAUGUGGAGACAAGAUGGUGUGCUUGCAGCCUCUUGUGCUCAAGAAGGGGUACUGCGAGUGAAGGCAAUGUCUCAAAGUAAAUUAUAAAGGACCUAAAAUAUAUUACUUUUAAUUAAUAGUACAUUUAAAAAUGAAGAUGUCCCACAAUGAUUGGUUGAUUGAAAUUAUUUAAUACUGUAGAUAUGCCUGACAGAUGCAUUCAGCUAGUUGAGUCUUUUGUAGGUGAACUUACAAGACCACUGGAGAUCCUGGAGAUCCCAAAGGUCAUGAUGAGAACUGACUGGUUUAUUGCACAUUGUUGUGCAGUGCAAUAUAAUGUGAAAAACAGCACUUAUAUACUUGCUGUUUGGAUUUGUACUUAAUGGAACAGUAUGUAGGAUUGUGCCCAAAACUGGUACUGCAAUCACAAAGCUGGUGGCCAAUUCACAACAUAACAACAUAAACAUCAGUUGAGGGCUGCAACUCCACUUUUUAAAUGACAAAAUCCUGGCCGGACCACUGUUGUCAGUGAUAUAAGUAUUUGAAAUGAAAAUGAUUUCUUAAUGUCUAGUGACAUAUCAGGGCCGUUUUAUGAUUAAUUGAUAUAAAUUUCUUACAUACUGUUCCUUUAACAAGUAAAAUGUUCAAUGUUAUUGAAAGAAUGUGAUUUAGCACCUUUAUUUAAGGAUGCAUUUGCUCUGUGUGUUUCUUAAAAGCACGUGUAAAAUAUUGAAGGACUCAUGUGUAUUGUAAUCGUGGACCAUUCUUUAGUCUGAUUGUUAAUAAAAUGUUAUUUAUUAACUGUC